AUUCAGGGUGGGUGGGACUGAAGGACGGGACUGACUUGACAGCAGCAUCUCAUUUGUAGCCAGUCACCAGCCCCUUCCCCAGAAUGCCUGUGUGUGUCUAGCCUCUGAAGAGAGGUACUCCUCCCGGAGCCUCGGGGGGCUACGGAGCUCCCAAGAUUCUGGGGAGGAGACUACCAGCCAUGUGCCCCUGCGGGAAUCUGCCAAGGAGCCAGGGGCCUGGAAUCCUCUCUCUCCUGCUGCUUCGGAGGCAGAGGUGAGCACCGGGCAGCCGGCUCCAACCCAAGGUGCCGGGAACCAGCCUGUCAUGGUGGCCGUCUGCAGCCAGCCUGAGGCGCUCCCAGACGGGUUUGCAGCUGAGCCUGUUUAUCUGCUGUGGGAAGAAGAUGGGGAGUUACUUGUCUGUCCCGGCUUACUUCACCUCCAGAGACCCCUUUAGGUGUUCCGAAUGCCAGGAAUCCCUCACCAACUGGUACUAUGAGAAGGAUGGGAAGCUGUACUGCCACAAGGACUACUGGGCCAAGUUUGGAGAAUUCUGCCAUGGGUGCUCCCUGCUGAUGACGGGGCCAGCCAUGGUGGCUGGGGAGUUUAAGUACCACCCAGAGUGCUUUGCCUGCAUGAGUUGCAAGGUGAUCAUUGAGGAUGGAGAUGCAUAUGCCCUGGUGCAGCACGCUACACUCUACUGUGGGAAGUGCCACAACGAGGUGGUGCUGGCACCCAUGUUUGAAAGACUGUCUACAGAGUCUGUCCAGGAUCAGCUGCCCUACUCUGUCACGCUCAUCUCCAUGCCUGCUACCACCGAGUGUAGACGCGGCUUCUCGGUGACUGUGGAAAGUGCCUCUUCUAACUAUGCCACCACCGUUCAAGUGAAAGAGGUCAACCGGAUGCACAUCAGUCCCAACAACCGAAAUGCCAUCCACCCUGGGGACCGCAUCUUGGAGAUCAAUGGGACCCCUGUCCGUACUCUGCGAGUAGAGGAGGUGGAGGAUGCAAUAAAGCAGACAAGCCAGACACUUCAGCUGCUGAUUGAACAUGACCCUGUGCCCCAGCGCCUGGACCAGCUACGGCUAGAUGCCCGACUUCCUCCCCACAUGCAGAGCACCGGACACACGCUCAUGCUCAGCACCUUGGACACCAAGGAGAAUCAGGAGGGGACACUGAGGAGACGUUCUCUGAGGCGCAGUAACAGCAUCUCCAAGUCUCCGGGCCCCAGCUCCCCCAAGGAGCCCCUGCUCCUCAGCCGGGACAUAAGCCGCUCAGAAUCCCUCCGCUGCUCUAGCAGCUACUCCCAGCAGAUCUUCCGGCCCUGCGACCUGAUCCACGGGGAGGUCCUGGGGAAGGGCUUCUUUGGGCAGGCCAUCAAGAGCUGGGAGGGGGGUCAGGUGACUCACAAAGCCACAGGCAAAGUGAUGGUCAUGAAGGAGUUGAUCCGCUGUGAUGAGGAAACCCAGAAGACUUUCCUGACUGAGGUGAAAGUGAUGCGGAGCCUGGACCACCCUAAUGUGCUCAAGUUCAUCGGAGUUCUGUACAAGGACAAGAAGCUGAAUCUGCUGACCGAGUACAUCGAGGGAGGCACACUCAAAGACUUCCUGCGCAGUGUGGACCCGUUCCCCUGGCAACAGAAGGUCAGGUUUGCCAAAGGCAUCUCCUCUGGAAUGGCCUAUUUACACUCCAUGUGCAUCAUCCACCGGGACCUGAACUCACACAACUGUCUCAUCAAAUUGGACAAGACAGUGGUAGUAGCCGACUUUGGGCUGUCACGGCUUAUAGUAGAAGAGAGGAAAAGGCCUCCAGUAGAGAAGGCCACCACCAAGAAACGCACCUUACGCAAGAGUGACCGCAAAAAGCGCUACACUGUGGUGGGAAACCCCUACUGGAUGGCCCCCGAGAUGCUGAAUGGCAAGAGCUACGAUGAGACGGUGGAUGUCUUCUCUUUUGGGAUCGUUCUCUGUGAGAUCAUUGGGCAGGUAUAUGCGGAUCCUGAUUGCCUGCCCCGCACACUGGACUUUGGCCUCAAUGUUAAGCUUUUCUGGGAGAAGUUUGUCCCAACAGACUGUCCCCCAGCCUUCUUCCCCCUGGCUGCUAUCUGCUGCAAACUAGAGCCUGAAAGCAGACCGGCAUUCUCAAAGCUGGAGGACUCGUUCGAGGCGCUCUCCCUGUUCUUGGGGGAGCUGGCCAUCCCACUGCCAGCAGAGCUGGAAGACCUGGACCACACUGUGAGCAUGGAGUAUGGCCUAACCCGGGACUCGCCACCCUAGCCCUGGUCCCUCCCCCUGCAGGGGGACAUUCCACAGCCAGCAUUGCCCCCUCUGCACGCUGUCCUUGCUGUGAGCAGGACUGCCUAGGUUUCCUGUGGAUUGAAGGCUUGCUUAGAGGCACAACAAGCCAUCCCUACUACCUCCCCAGGAGGCACUUGGGUGCAGGGAAAAAAAUUCUCCGCAAGUUUUGGGGGCCUAGUUUCUAUCUGUAAAUCCAACACUCACCUGAAAGCUGUGAAGAGGAUAAAAGAGCCUGGAUUAUAGACCAAGAGUCUGUUACUCGGGACUACUUGGGACCUCUGUGGAUUGAGAUUCUGGGAGGCUGUAGCUUUACACUAAUCAACAUGAUCUGGGCCUGCUGGGCAAGAUGACGGAGUGAACUGGCCUGAGGGCUCUGGAGUCUGGCUCAGCAAGGUGCAGGACUUGAAGCGGUAGUAUGAGUUACAGAAACGGGGAACCUUCAAAGCAUGUGAAAUGACAGUAGCGAUUUCUCCUCCAUCCCAGGCCAUGCCCUUUGGAGCAGGUUUUAAAGAGUCUUAGUAUGUGGUAAAACCUACAGAAUCCAACAAAGGACUGGUCUCUGCUCACAGCCCAGGGACCACAUCAGUGCAUGGGGAGUUUCCACUUCAGCAUCCUGUCUCAACAAGCAGUCACUCACAAAAACACCAAAGAAACUGGGGCUGCAAACAGGCCCUGCCCUCUAAAAGCCCUGUAUCCAGGCUGGUGGGCUCAGUCAAAAGCUCAGCAUGUUGCCUAACAGUACAUGGGUUCUGGAUGCCAGCCUGGUUUGCCUCAGACUUUGGGUCUAAGCAGAGAGAAGGGGGUCCCAUCAAUUUCUUUGCACCCUUGUGGCAGCUACUGCACAUCCUCUAGAAUGUCUGGGCCAGGCAGCAAUGUGGGACAGGCAUUGGUGGCUGCUGAGUCCCCAAACUGAGAUAGGAAAAGAACACCCUGAGCUGGGCCUUGUAGAUUCUACCUCUUUUUGUUGCUGGUCCAGCUUGCUUCCUGAGCCACACUCGAGGGCCAUGGGCAUGGGCAACUAUGGGGGCACUUUCUACCCCUGGCUGCCAGGUGUCCAGGGACUCUGUAGCUCACCAAGGUUUGUCAUCUAAGCGGGAGCUCACGCCAUGUUUAACAAAUUGGGAAUGGGUUUGGUUAUAAAUACAUGUGAUGGGUUGUACUGGUGGGGGGAUUCAGGAAGAGUGGUUGCUGUUAUUAGCUUUUAUCUCUGGGGUGAUAUGUGAGAUAUUUUGUACAUAGACGAAAUGAAUUAUGGGAUGGGAAGUCUUUGGCCACUUUUCUUGCUGUGUAGACUGUACUUGCGUGUGGAGUUUGCACACUUGCUGCAGAGGGAAUCCUGAACUCCCGAUGGGCAUGGUUCAGCGUCCUUGACUGAGUAUGCUUGCACUGUCCCCAGCAAGUGUGGGAGUGGGGCCUGCACUAGGCCAUGAAGCAGACUAAAUAAAUUAAGCAGUUAACAUAGAGAUGACAGAGAGUGCCAAAGUGACUUAGGGCCUGACUUAAACACGGAGGACAGGAUGGAUAAUCACGGUCUGACCAGGGUUUGGUUCCCAGCACCCACGUGGUGGCUCUCUAACAUCUGUACGUCCAGUUCUAGGGGUACUCUACCUCAUCUCACCUCUGUGGGCUCCUGCACAUACAUGGUACACAGACAUGCUCUGGGUACAUAAAUUCCCAUUUUAAAGUGUUUUAAAGAAACAUGGUCUGCUGGCCACUUUCAUAUAACUUACCAGGAAAUUCUGUCUCAAGUUUAAUCCCCUCACCUGGACAACAACCCUUCAGAGAUCAUAUGCAUCCACCGGAGCCCCUCUGAGGAGCAGCCGAUGACCUCAUCUUAGACCCGCAAAGCUAUCAGGUUCUCAGCUGCUUACCCAGUCCUCAGGGGCCUUCUGCUUCCAAAGCUGUUGCACCGACCACUGGCCCAAUAAUGCCAAUGUUUGGUAAGAUCCUGGGCACCAAAGAAAGAGAAAAAGAAGCCCCACAGCCUCUGCCAAGUGUGGAAGUGUGUGUUUAUAAGUCUACACGCAAGAUACAGAGGCUGGGGAACCAAGUUCAAGGCCAGCCUAAGUCUGUCGAGUGAAUUUUGGGCCAGCUAUGGCUAAAGCACUGAAAGCCAGGUCUAAUAGCUUUGUGGCCCUAAAAUGAAGUCAUUUUGUAUAUAAACGUAAAGAUAAUGUCUCCUAAGCGUCCUGUGGUAGAAGACUUUAGAUUAAGAGAAUGUAUGUUUGGCAGUGUUGGUGGCACACACCUUUAGUCCCAGCAGAGGCAGGUGUAUCUGAGGCCAGCCUGAGCCAUUACACAGAGAAACCAAGAAUGGAAUAAAAUACAGUCCCUAGUAAACACCUCAUCUGAGGUUCUCAGUGCUGGGCUACAACUCAAUCUGCUGCUGAGGUCAACUAAUAAAACUUAGACACCAGUCCUG